GGUCCAAGUGAGUCGGGUGUCGCUGCGAAUCGGAUAAGCUCAAGAAUGCUGUGUCUCGUUUCGUCAUUUCUCCUGGCAUCGAUUUUGAAAAUAUGCACCGGUGUAGGUGAUUGGUGCUACCAGGCCCAGGUGAAUUGCAAUUCAACGUGCAAAGGGCCAGACAUCUGGUACAAAGUGCAUAAGGACUGCAACAGCCACCGGCAGUCUCCCAUCAACAUCGUGACCAAGAGCUCAAGGCCGGACACCCGGCUCACACCACUCGUAUUCACCGGCUACCAGAAAGCCUUCAGAGCCGUGCUCAGAAACGACGGCCACUCUGUAAAGGUAACUUUGCCCCAUGGGUCCUCGGUGAGCGGGGGGAAUCUCCAAGGCAUUUACAAUGCUGUGCAGUUCCACUUCCACUGGGGAGAAAAAGGUGGCCCAGGCUCUGAGCACACACUUGACGGGGAGCAGUACCCCAUGGAGUUGCAUAUUGUGCACAUGCGAAAUGAUUUCUCCUCUUUGGAUGAAGCAAUAAAGGACCCAAGUGGAGUGGCUGUUCUGGGGUUCUUCUAUGAGGAAUCAAAAAGUCCUAACCGAAAGUACGAUGCGUUCAUACACGCUCUGAAGGCUAUGGAAAAUGAUAGGACAGCUACAACCAACAGUGAAAUCUCCUUGCACAAUCUCAUACUGUCUGAGGCGAAUAUGACCCAGUAUUUCCGUUACGACGGGUCUCUCACCACACCCACCUGCUCCGAGGCAGUGAUAUGGACUGUGUUUGAACAUCCUAUACCCCUUGGCAGAGACCAGCUCUUAGCAUUCUCGUCCUUAAAGUACUCUGAUGGCAUGCCCAUGGUGAAAACAUUCAGGCCAGUGCAGCCACGUAGAGGGCGCCCCGUAUACCGCUCCUGUUCCAGCAGCUCCGUAGCUGUCGGCAGCUUGGCUCCCCUCCUGGUGUCUGUUAGUGCAGCUCUGGGCUUGUCUCAGCUCAACUAGGGCAGGCCAUGUCCCGCUCCAAGCCCCGCCCACCUCCACCGUGCAUGAACGCAACGAGCCACGCCUACCUCCACCACAACACACGAAGACGAUUUCCGAUCCAAUCAAGAAGCCAACAAACAAAGGCCAAAUGGAGGAAUCAAGUGAAGCAGGUCCUUUCACAGAUUCCUGUAGACAUCACAGCAAAUCCCCUUUUCUCUUCUUUGUUUCUUUUUCGUUUGUUUGAGGGGUUUUUUGGGUUUUUUUGGUUGUUCUUGGUCACUGUCUUGCAGAUGAGCCUUUGGUUUUACAUAAGGGAAUAGCUCAUGAUAUGGCAGUAUUUUACAAGGUUUGACAGAAAUAGGAAUUGGUCUCUAAGCUAUCAAUAGCUACAGGACUAAGCCCCCAUGGAGAGCCAGGGAGGUUAUAAAUGCAUGGCCUUUAUCUGUCUGAGGUAUAACCAAGUCAGGGACCUCACACACACACACACACACACACACACACACACACACACACACACACACACACACACGUGCGCACACACAGAAGGAUCAGGCAUGUGAUCUCUCUUCUGUUGUCACUCUUCUAUGUCCUGUUUAUAGGGUAGAGGCAUUUUAGUGUUUGAUGCAUUUACAAAGAGACACACAAACAACAAAGUCCUUGUGCACACCCCUUACUGCAAUUUCCUUCACUGCACACACCUUACUGGGAUGUUUUAUUGUCAUCACUCAAAUAUUGCAGACAAUGAUGCAGAAAUAAAGGUCAAGCAUGAGGUCUUUCUACUCCUGCUGCUGAGAACAGAUCAUUUUACAAUCAUUCACACACACACACACACACACACACACACACACACACACACACACACACACACACACACACACUCCUUUCUGUGAAACCUCAAGAAGCAAAAGCACAUAUGAUCAGAUUCAACGCAAAUAGAUGUAUUACUUACUGAAAUGCACUGUUAGCUGUAAAGACCUUUAAUGGUGUGAAGAAACUGUAAAAUAAUCCACAUUUCACACAAGAUCAAAGCAGACCUCCACCUUCCAUUCUCUCGUAGUGGGCCUUGUCAAGCCAGUCCUCAGGGCACACCACAAGGCCCACGUGUCUAACCCAAAUCCCACUACACUUGUCCCAAGUAUUUAGUCUUCCUAUUGCAGGGGCAGGCUGGAGUCCAGCACAGCAGGAAAGUCGCCGAACGAUGCUUCUUGGCCUGAUUUAGGUGUGUCGGGAGCUGGGACAGAGAAAAAAUGAAGACCAUCUGGUGGGUUCUGAGAAUUGGAUUGAGGAACACUUAUUCACAUGGUUCUACAACUCCCCAUCAGUCUAGGCUAGCAAAAACAUGUAACAACUGGUCCAUCUGUUUAGGGGUGAUGACAGAAACACUUAACCUGCUUUGAUAUUCUGCAUAAAUGGUUGGUUUUACAGGCCUCUAUAGCUCCCUAACAAACUUGGUGUCUCUAUGGACCUCUAUAGGUCUCGAUGGAGCUCUUAUGGGUCUCUGGGCAUCCUUGGAUCUCUAAGGAACUCUAUGGUGAUCUAUUAGUCUCUAAUUUACUCUGUAGGUCUCUAUGGGUCACUAUGGGUCUCGGAAGCACUGAAUGUGAUUUUAUUGUGUAUCUAUGACCUGUAUUUUAAUCUGGCUGUGGGGGUUGGUGUUGGUGGAAAUAGUACAAAUCAGACCAAAUCAGAAAUUAAGAAUGUACGGCACACGUUAUUGUCUAUUUUUUUAAAACCCAUAUUGUGUCCUUUGUACACACUGAAUGUAUUUAUGCCUGUGUUAAGUUUAUAUAUGACACUAUUAUGUCUUGUUAUUUGUACAGAUGCUUGAACAUUUUAAAUGAAAUUCUAAGUAUUAUAUUAGAAACUGGAUUGCAUGAAAAUAAAUAAAAGCCAAAAGUA